AUCACAAGCUCAUAAACAUCACAUAAGCAAAGAAAAACAAAAGAGAGAAGAAACUUGCAAAACAAUAUGAAGUUUGCUGCAAUCUUCUUGGUUACUUGUGUCUUCUUCUCCCUUUUCUCAAGCAACCUUUCACAAGGUGAAAAAUUAAGCAUGGAUCCUACGAGGAGGCCGUGGUGUCCGUCGAAAAAACAAAUGUUUGGUGGUAAUUGUGGAAACGAUGGAGACUCUCUAUGUCUAAUGCUCUUAGCAGCUAGUUGGGAUGAAAGUUUAAGGCAUAGCUCCAUCUCCUGCAAUUGCACUACUUAUCCUAACUACAAAAUUCUCUGUAGUUGUCCUAAUAUGAUUUGUCCCUAGAAAACAUCUAUAUAAGACUCCAAACUGUUACGUUGUUCUAAAUACUUUUUCUGCGUAUCAAGAAUAAUGUUUUAGGUUCUAAUGAAAAUCCCAAAGAUGAUAUACUUAUUUACAAAGAAUUACG